AUGAAUCGCCGCAGCGUCUUAGGCUAUCAUACGUCGCAUGACUUUGACAAAUCAGACUUGUCAUUCUCGUCCAGUACUGGAGAGGCGCCAAACGGCAGGUUUUCGGUCCCGAACUUUACCUCUCACAACUUACAGUCCCUUGGCACCAACAAUUUGCCGACCUUUGACCCCCACAAUUAUAAGUCCAAGGCCGUCUCCAGGGCGGUCUCCAGCCUUCUGCGAUCGCACGAUUUGCUCUCCUUCGAGGCUGAAUUGCAUAACAUUCUUCAGGAAAACUUGUCACUAUCGUUGUUACAGCGACAGGCGUGCCAGGAAAUGCUCCGGGCCACAUUUGACUUGUUCCAGGUGCUGGUAGCGACUACAGGGGCUGAUAAAACGUUGAUCGAUGCUGCGAAUCCCGCAUUUUUUGACCGCAUGCAAACCGUUGUGAACGCUUUGGCUGACUUGGUAUCGCAGGUGUCAUUGAGAGAAAGAACCGAGGGGGCCCCUGAACUGCAUAUCAGUCCACGAAGACUGGCUACAGGUCCAGGCUGGGGGCAGCCUGGUACCUACCCUGACGCCUCCCCUGUUUCGACCCGGAUCUCUCCCAACAUGACGCCGUCUAAACCUACAAAGUUUGACAUUCACCAUGCUUCGCCAGAUGUUGCGGUCUAUAAAAAGCUCGACACCUCACUCACCGAGUCCGUUCUCCCAAGACCCCUGAGUGUGUCCAACCACAGACAGUUGGAGAUGGACUACACCCCAACCAAGCUGAACCACUUGCUGGUCGUUCAAUCGGAUGAUGAUAGCGAGUUCUCGGACGAAGAAGCCUUGAACGUGUUGGACAGCACAAAGUAUGGGGGUGAAACCGAAAAUGAGUUUAUUGGCUACUUUGAGAAACUCCACUUGUCCAAUUCCAGCCCCGGAGGGUUUCCUGGAUUUUCUACGGAAAGCUACAUCAGCAGACCCUCUUCUGUGACCACAUCCAUUAACUUUCCACGGGAGAGACCCGUACAUCAACCCCAAAGCCAGAUGUUCACCCCCGUGCAACAGGACUCCCGAAAGUUCACCCAUCACGAUUCAUUACCCCGUGCCAGACUUUCCCUGACCACUAUAUAUGAAAACCUACACGCAAUGCUGGAGCCACCCAGAAGACACCGUCUGGUGAUGCAGCGCCCCGUGAGCUACAUGACCCCAAAAUCGCCGCCUAGGCAGGUCAGGGCCCAUCCACGACUCAACCAGCGACCGCAAUCAAUGGUCUUCCCACAAGCACUGCAGAGUCGUGCAAGGCGGCAGCUGUUGGCCAACCCGUCCCCGGGGCAGGCGCUGUAUGACGGAUACUAUGGGUCUCAAUACGGCGAGGGAUACCAGUAUGAGAGAGGAUACCAAGGAAAAUCCUACCUACAACGAUAUGACGAGCACCACGAGAGAGACCCGGAGCAACAAUCCACUCACCCAAGGUUCUGA